CGAAUCUCCUCCGGAUCGGGUCUCUUGUUGCUACGAUAUAUAUCGCGUUCAUUGACUAGUCGAGUCGUGUUUUAACCGAGAGAGAGGGGUGGGGGCGUCUCGUCGACGUGCUAACAACUAAAUAAGAACAAUCUCAGAUUUCGUAAUCCGAUCCGAUCUGGCAACGUAACGUUGUUGUAUGCUUUAGAUUAAUCGGUUCAUACACCUUUGGAUAACGUUAAAAAUUGUUUAAAAAUCGAUUUCUGAAUACGGCUAUUUGAAAAUUUUGUAACGAUUAAUAUUGUGUUUAAGCUCAAAGCUGUUUGUGUAGGCUGGCGUAAUUGAUAGGCCCAUCGGAAGUUGUUAAGACCUCCGGAAGCCAUGUGCGUGUGCAAUUUGCAUGGUUAGUGAAAGGGUUUUUGCGCACCGACCGUUCAUAUCUGUUUAUGGGAAUCACCUGCAAACUAGUUGAUGGAAUUGGCGAAACAAGAAAAAAAAAUAACCGAGUGCAGCACAGUGAGUUGGUGGUCUUAACAGGCUUAAUCAAAUACUUCGGUUGCAAAAUCGAUGCAACUCGGCCAUGCAUCGAUAAUCACAUCGUCACGCGGCUUCAGUAAAGUUUCAGUUUCACGAAACAAGAUCAAGGCUUUUCUUGGCUGGCAUAGUGAUAGUGAAAACUUGAGCAAACCUGGAUUCCAGAUAUUGAUGUCGCCCUUGGAUUCGUUCUUGAUGUCUUGACAUAUCAAUCGAAAAAUCGGUACAAAAAAAACCAGAAAGUGUUUGAGUAAGCCGAAGAAAAUAAAUUAACCAUAAUGGAGGUGGCCUGGCGGUUUCGGAUCAUAUUUGCGAUGGCAUUUGCCGUGGUGAUAUUUGGGGAUCUUCUCGGCUAUGGGGGAGCGAAGAAGGAUCCGAAAAAUCCCAAAUCACAUUUGCUGGGACUGUCAACCGGUUUCGCAACCGGACAGGAACACCACCAUGUUGACGGUUCUGAGUUGACAUCGAUACGGGAGAAUGCAAUUCAAGGUGCCGCCGCAUCGACUCGAUCCCAGAAGCAACCCUUCGUCACCGGGGGUCCUACUGCCAGCACCAGCCCCCUGCUCACCAAAGACCAACAACAGCAGCAGCAACAACUGGUGGACUCCGCAGCCCACCGGGAAAGGCUGAAGAGUUCCCUCCGAGAGGCCUGCCUUCCGAAGCUGCUCUGUGAAAUGGCAGCCAAACCGAACUAUUCGCUGAACGUACGGGAAAGAGAUCUUCUCUCACUGAUACGGUCAACCACGUUGUCGCUGACGAUGGCUGUGAGCCCAACCAAAUGGCACUUUGCCGCCCACAUGGGCCAGCUGCUGCGGGAUGCCGGGGACAGUUUGGUCACUCCGAUGGGCUGUUCGCACCUGUGGCCUAGCUGUCCGUACAGUUCGAAAAAGCUGCUCAAACUGACCAAUGUGGUGCAGCUGAAGUGAGAACCCCGGGUGGUCCGGUUCCGGCGAGGGAGCGCCAUGCCACGAGAUUUUUCUUUUUUGACUGAAUUGAUUCACCCUCGUCGUUCAUCGUCGUCGCUGAACGGAAAUGGACCCUGCGCCGGGAAACCCGAGGAAAAUUGAUCUGAAUAGACUGUGGAGUGUGGGAAACGCAUGAGGAAAAAAGUUUGUGCCGAAAAGUUUUUCGAUAUCAUCACUACCAGGUUCUCUUCACAGCUCCGGUAAAGCUAAAAUUGGUUGGACAUGCAGACAGAAAAUCCCCAGAGAUUGUAAAUAUUUGAAACCCGUGGGUCAAUGUUUGCCAUUUGGUUCAGCAGAGCAACAUAGAGCUUUAGACUAUGUAGAACUCGAGUGGGAGUGAUGGGCUCAAUUUUUUUUUUUGCGGGGAUAUUUACGGAGCCCAGACAACAUGGCACAAAGUGUGGUUGAGUGUUUUGUGAAUUUGUUAGAUUUGCGGAUUUGUUUGUUUGUUUGUUUGUAAGAUGUGAGAUUCUUUGAGUCUAAAGAAAAUCAUCAUUAACUUGGGAAAAAUUGUGAGCAUAGAAGUGAGAUUCGUUGUACCAUAAAAGUAGUGUAUUAUCAACCAUGUUUUGUUUUCAAAAUAUAUGUAAAGAUUUAGCAACAUUGUUCAAAUUGUAAAUUGAUAAAUAGGCG